AUCAGCUGUGUCCAAUCACAGCUGAUCACAUAGGGGACAUGUACACUGAUCAUCAGGGUACUGAUGAUCAGUGUGGCCCCAGAAGUGCCACCUGUCAGUGCCCAUCAGUGCCAGCAGUCAGUGCCCAUCAGUGCCACAUAUCAGUGCAUACCAGUGCCCAUCUGAGCUGACUAUCAAUGCCACCCAUCAGUGCCACCUAUCAAUGCCAAUCAGUGCCACGUAUCAGUGCUGCCUUUCAGUGCCCAUCAGUGAUGCCUGUCAAUGCCCAUCAGUGCAACCU